ACCCCGCGCGCGCGUGUGGAUUUAGGGAACGAGUCCGCGUGCUCUGCGGGGCAGCUUAAUGAUUAACGUCUGCGAGGGGGCGAAUCCCACGGCUCUGCCCUGCGACUGCCCACCGAGAGCCAGGCCCCGGCCCAGGGCUCAGAGCCGGAACCCAGCGGGCGAGCCUCACGGACACGGAGGACUCACGCCAUGGCUCGGGCAGCCGUGUUGCCGCUCCUCCUCCUGCUCCUCGUGCUGCCGCAUCGCAGCGUGGAGUCGAACUCCACGGACGCUCACGACGCACUCAUCUCCGUCUUCCUGCCGGGGGCGGAGGACGUGGGCGUCUUCGCGUCGCUUGUCACGCGCCACCAGAUUGACCUCUGGCGCCCCGAGUCCCUGGCCCAGCUAGGCCCCGGGUCGUCGGUGCAGUGUCUGGUGGGGGCGGAGCACACCGAGGUGGUGCUGGCAUCACUCGGCAACAGCUCCAUCCCCUACAAUGUGACGGUGAGCAACGUCGAGGAGGAGGUGACGAAGCAGGCGACGCAGCUGCAGGACAUGAGUGCCAACGUGGCGCGCGGGAAGGUCUCCUACUACGACACCUACCACCCCCUCGACGAGAUCUACCGGUGGAUGGAGGAGGUCGCGAAGCACUACUCCAGCUGGGUCUCCUACAAGCGGAUUGGCGUCUCCCACGAGAACCGACCCCUCUACGUCAUCAAGGUGGGGGUGCGCAGCUCCGUGGCCAAACCGGCGGUGUGGAUCGACUGCGGCAUCCACGCGAGGGAGUGGAUCGCUCCCGCGUUCUGCCAGUACUUCGUGCAGCACGCGGUGAACCGUCUCGACCGCUCCAUGAUGGAGCUGCUCAAACAUUUUGACUUCUACGUCCUCCCAGUGCUCAACGUCGACGGCUACCACUACAGCUGGACCAAGUCGCGUCUGUGGCGCAAGAAUCGCGCCCGCAGCUCGCACAGCGCCUGCGUCGGCGUCGACCUCAACCGCAACUGGAACGCGAGCUGGGGGGGGCCCGGCGCGUCCGCCGACCCCUGCUCGCAGACUUUCCAGGGCUCGCGACCCGAGUCGGAGCCCGAGGUGCGUGCGGUGGCCGCCUUCAUCCGGGAGCGGCGCCACCGCCUGCACGCCUACGUGACGGUCCACGCCUACUCGCAGAUGCUCAUCUUCCCAUACUCGUACACGGAGCAGCGCAGCGCACACCACGAAGAACUGGAGCUGGUGGCGCAGGAGGUGGUGCAGGCGCUCCGCAGCGUGCACGGGACGCCGUACAGGCACGGCGCAGGGGGACCCAUGCUGUACAUGGCAGCGGGGGGCUCCGACGACUGGGCACACGACCUGGGCAUCAAAUACUCAUUCACAUUCGAGCUGCGCGACACGGGCCGAUACGGCUUCCUGCUGCCCGCAAACUUCAUCCGCGCCACCUGCCAGGAGACGAUGGAGGCGGUGAAAGUCAUCGCGCUCCGGGCCAUGCAUGACCCGGAGCUCGCCUAGGACUCACGCAGUCGGUGGCAGGGGGACGGCGCGGAGAG